AUGGACGACAGGAACAUGGAAACGAGCAGCUCUGCAUAUACUGACGUCUCAAGCGACCAUUCCAAGAGUAUUAUACACAUAGACGUUGAUUGUUUUUACGCUCAAGUAGAGAUGGUGCGGAAACCAGAACUACGAUCCCUUCCACUUGGAAUCCAACAGAAAAACAUUGUUGUGACCAGUAAUUAUGAAGCUAGAAAGUACGGUAUACGAAAAUGCAUGCUUGUUUCAGACGCGCAAAAAAUUUGUCCAAACUUAAAAUUAGUAAAUGGCGAAGACUUACACGACUACAGAGCGGCCUCAAACAAAAUAUUUAUUCUUCUUCAAAGUUGGAAAUGUCCGGUUGAAAAGUUAGGUAUGGAUGAAAACUUUAUUGAUGUCACAAAUUUAGUACAAGAAAAAUUAAAAAAUAUGAAAGGGACAAGCAUCACACUAUCUGGUAAUAUAUAUUGUGAACCAAAUGUUGAGUGUCAUUGUGGAUGUCACUCUAGAUUAAAAGUAGCAUCACAAAUAGCAAGUGAAAUGAGAAAUAAAAUAUAUGAUGAGUUAGGUUUUACAACAUGCGCUGGAAUAGCACAUAAUAAACUUUUAGCUAAACUUAUUUGCCCCUUAAAUAAGCCCAACGACCAAACAACUAUUUUCCCAGAGCAUGGAGCCAAUUUUAUGGCAACCUUACAAAGUGUUCGAUAUAUACCAAGUAUUGGGUCCAAGACAACAGAAGCUCUCAUUUCUCAGAAAAUAAUUACUGUAAGUGAUUUGCAAGAAGCAUCAGUGGAAGUCUUAAAAAAAUAUUUUAGUGGUGAUAUGGCUGUUAGAUUGAAAAGUUUAAGUGCAGGAGAGGACAAUACUCCAGUGAAGCAAACGGGACGGCCGCAGAGUAUAGGAUUAGAGGACAGUUUUAAAACAGUCAGUGUAAAAAGUGAAGUUGAAGAGAAGUUUACAGCACUAUUGCAGCGAUUGCUUAUACUAGUGAGAGAAGAUGGACGCAUUCCAGUUUCACUCAGAGUAACAUUAAGAAAAAAAGAUGUAAAAAGGUUGAGCAGCCAUAGAGAGUCCAGGCAGUGUCAAGUGUCACCUUCUAUAUUUACAAUAAAUAAUGGUACAUUGACAGUGACCGAGGCAGGGCAGCAAAAACUUAUGACCAUAAUAAUGAGGUUAUUUAACAAACUGAUUGACCUGUCAAAACCAUUCCAUUUAACUUUAGUGGGUCUGGCAUUCACAAAGUUCCAAGAGCGCAUGACAGGCAGAAGUUCAAUUGUUAACUACUUGAUGAAUGAUAUUUCUGUUCAGUCAGUUCUCAACAUCCAAAAUGAUUGUGAUACAUCAGCAUCUUCAAUGGAUUAUUCCGCAGCGUCUCCGAGCAGUAGCACAACAACUGAUUUGUCUGAUGCUGAAGUAGAGCCUUCACCCAAAAAGCCUAAAAAAGUUAAUUGGAUAGCUAAAAGGAGAUGUUUGUCUAAAGAGGAGGUUGCGUCACCCAGCAAACUGAAAGUAGGAGAACUUAGAUUAAAUUCAAAGGAACUGGAAAAAGUAUCGGAAUUAAGACUGAGCUCUAGAGACAGGUCACUUACACCGCGAGCAAGCCCAGCUAAAGACAAUCUAUCAGACACCUCUGACACUAUGAGGGAUAGUGCAGAAACUGGCAACUGUGAUGACUGUCCAAGUUAUGUCGAUAAGGAAGUUUUUAAUUCCCUUCCUGAAGAGAUGCAACAGGAAUUAAAGGCCAUGUGGAAAAAUCCCUCCAGCUCAGAUGUCCCCAGAAGUAGCCCCAGAAACUUGAACAAAGCAAAACCGAACUCAAUUUUGAAAUAUUUUGUUCCACACAAA